UCUGAACUUUACACCUAAACCUCUCAAAGAAAACCCCAAAAAAAUACAAUAAGGGGAAGACAAAUCAUCAACGCCUCUCACAAUUAAGUAGUGUACCAACAGCAGGAACAGCAAGGCUUACCUCUUCAUCAUCAACUCCUUCUCUGUUCUUCAAUGGCUGCUACAUCAAUUACUGCAACUGGGUUCAAAGGAGGCCUUGCCUCUUCCUUCCAUGGAAGUUGGGGUACUUCCUUGGUUGGUGAAGAUUAUACCGCAGUGAUUAAGUCGGUCCCGAGAUCGGUUCGAGUGGAUAAGCCCAUACGGUCGCAACCAGUUAUGAGGAACGUUAAUGAAGGAAAGGGUCUCUUCGCACCAAUUGUUGUUUUCACUCGCAACAUCAUCGGGAAGAAGCGAUUCAAUCAGCUUAGAGGCAAAGCCAUUGCCUUACACUCACAGGUAAUCACUGAAUUCUGUAAAUCAAUUGGAGCAGAUGCCAAACAAAGACAAGGACUGAUUCGACUGGCAAAGAAGAAUGGAGAAAGACUUGGGUUCCUGGCUUGAUGAAAGAUGAUGUAUUUUUCAUUUUUCUUUCUUUGAACAUUUGCAUGGAAAAUGUUGUGUUCUAUACUUCUAUAUUUUAAUUAAGGAAUCCCAGAAUCUAGAUGUGCAUACAGUUCUCAUCCAAGUACAUCACCUGAGAACAGAUUGUAAACUACAAGAGUAAAAAGACCUUUCCCUUUCUCA